UCUCCCUCUUGUCUCAUUCACCUUUCUCCUUUUCCGAUCGCGCCUUGUAUUAACUAAGAUGUUUUCCAGCAGUCAAUUCGAGCCCAAUUCCGCUUUCUCCGGCGGCGGAUUCAUGUCCUCUCAGCCUUCUCAGCCCUACGACUCCUCCUCCUCCUCCACUACUAAGGGACUAGUUCCAGUGACGGUGAAGCAAAUCAACGAAUCUUCUCACUCCGGUGGUGAAAAAUCCGGGAUCGUCAUCAACGGAAUCGAACUUACAAACGUGUCACUCGUUGGGCUAGUGUGUGACAAAGACAUCUCUAAAGUCACUGAAGUUAGAUUCGCUCUUGAUGAUGGCACUGGUCGCAUCGACUGUAAAAGAUGGGUCAAUGAAAGUUUCGACGCUAGAGAAAUGGAGUCAGUUCAAGAUGGAACCUAUGUGCGUCUCAAUGGUCAUUUGAAGACUUUUCAGGGGAAUAAACAGCUUCUUGUUUUCUCUGUCAGACCUAUUGUGGAUUUCAACGAGGUCACCUUUCACUAUAUUGAGUGUAUACACUUCUAUUCCAAGAACUCUGACUCACAGUUGGGACAGCAGGUUGGUGAUGUCACUCAAUCCCAUACGGUUAACACAAACCAGGCAACCACAUUGAACCCUGUGAUGCCCUCUCAAAACAGUGAUGGAAAUGGGCGCAAGAACUUGGAUGAUAUGAUUCUAGACUAUCUAAAGCAACCUGCUUGCACUGCAAGACAACAGGGGAUACACCUUGAUGAAAUUGCCCAGCAGUUGAAGGUUCCAAAGAACAAGCUUGAGGGUGUUAUUCAGUCACUGGAAGGUGAUGGUCUUAUAUACUCAACAAUCGACGAGUAUCACUUCAAGCAUGUCGAGCUUUGAUCAGUAGAAAUUUGCAUUUUUUCUUCUUUUUUAUGACGAUCUAGUAUUCAUUCUGCAACUACUUUUAGCUAUGUACCUGCCUGCUUAAACUGAAAAUGGAUUGAUUUUCCUAUUAUGUUAUUGGUUUAGUUUUCCAUUUACUUUCAUGUUCCAUA